AUUCCACCUUGUGUGGCACGUAAUGAUUUCUUCUUUAUUAGCUGUCAGAGCUCGGUGUGAUUUUGAAAGCUGUUCCAGACUAGUCCACGUUUUCAUUGUAACUCCGCAAUGUCUAAUACCAAAUAUGUUAAUUUUGCUAGAAGAAACAAGUGUAAUGUGUUCAAAGUUAAUAAUAAUCGCAUUUCAAAACAUGAUGCCAUCGGUGAUGCGAAUGAAAAAUGUUUUCCUCACAAAACGAAAUCGAAACGCUCUAUAAUGCAUAUUACAGUUACGGAAGAGGAAGAGGAAAUCCAAAUGCUGCGUAGACGCUACAAUGACAAAUUCUCAGUUUCUAAAGUUAUUGAAACGUUCCAAGAUUUUCCGCUCUCAAAGAAAACCUUAGCUGGAUUAGCCGAAGCAGAUUUCACUAGACCCACCGUCAUUCAACGGGAAUCUAUAUUGCCUGCUAUAUUCGGUAAAGAUAUUCUCGCGGCAGCGAAAACGGGUAGUGGAAAGACAUUAGCUUUUAUCAUCCCUAUCCUCGAACGAUUAUUCGUGGAGAAAUGGACCCGCAUGGAUGGUUUAGGAGCUCUCAUAAUAACACCAACACGUGAACUGGCUGUACAGAUUUACGAAACUAUGACACAGGUCGGACGGCAUCACGAUUUUACCAUUGGUCUUCUUAUUGGAGGUCAAAAUCUCAAAUACGAGCGAAAUCGCCUGCACAAUCUGAACAUAAUAAUCGGCACUCCCGGUCGUCUGUUACAACAUAUGGAUCAAAAUCCUUUAUUUGAUACAACAAACUUGAAAAUAUUGGUACUGGAUGAAGCUGACAGAUGCUUGGAUAUGGGAUUCUCGGCUACAAUGGAUUCCAUCAUCGAAAAUCUUCCAGAAGUACGACAAACUGUAUUGUUUUCUGCAACACAAACGAAUUCUGUUCGUGAUUUAGCCAGAGUGAAACUAGUGAACCCUGUUCAAAUUGCUCCACACGAGCAUGAACAAAUCGCCACACCGGCGAAAUUACAGCAAAGCUACGUUGUAGUUGAUCUUGCUAACAAACUGACCAUGCUUUGGUCAUUCCUGCAAACCCAUCCUAAACAAAAAGUUAUAGUAUUUUUUUCCACUUGCAAACAGGUGAAAUAUUUCUACCAGGUAUUUAAGAAGCUUCGUCCGACCUCUUUACUGUUACCAUUGUAUGGGGGAAUGAACCAAGAAAAGCGUAACAAAAUAUAUGGUGAUUUUUGCAAAAAGAAAACAAAUGUAUGCUUGUUAGCCACAGAUGUAGCAUCGCGUGGGCUGGACUUCCCUAAGGUUAACUGGGUGGUUCAAAUUGAUUGCCCCGAAGACGUUGCCCAGUACAUACAUAGAGCCGGACGAACUGCAAGGUUGAAUACAAGUGGUGAAAAUUUACUCGUUUUGCUCCCGCACGAGGUAGAUCCAAUGUUAGAUUCUCUAGAAAAGAACAAAAUACCUAUUAAGCAGAUUAAAAUUGAUGAACGUCAGUUAUUUUCACCACUGCUGAAAAUCCAAUCACUGCUUGCCCAAUCCCCAGAAUUAAAAGAGAGUGCAAAACGAGCUUUUGUUGCAUACAUCAAAUCAAUAGCCCUGAUGAAGAAUAAGGAAGUGUUUCAAUUGCACAAUUUAAAUUUAGAUGAGUUUGCAAACUCUUUAGGAUUGAGUAACACUCCGCGUGUACGUUUUGUUUCUCGUACGUUGGAAAGGAAACGAAGUAAAAUCUUAAAUACUUCCGAUUCUGAAAGUAAAAUCAAAAUUACUGGCAUCGAAACUAAGGAUAGCAGCGAUGAAGAACAAGAUCUGGAUGAUUUUCUACGAAUUAAACACAUUCAUAAUAGUUCACAUUGCUUUGCAUCGGAUGAUCUACAGGCUUCCAAUGUUACUACUGAAUCAGAAGAUGUAAAAAAGAUACAAAAAAAACGAAUAUCUAAGGUCAAGCUAGUAAAGAAGUCCCUACAUAUGAGUAAACGAAUCGUAUUUGAUGAAGAUGGUGCCCCGGUUAAUACAAACGGUGAGCAAUCGAACAAGUUCUACGAUUUGAAAGAUGCACGGUUUAGACUAGAACAACAAGAUGCGGAUGAUAAAAAGCGUUAUAAAGCAUUAAAGAAAGCAAAAAGAAUGAUUAUAAAAGAAAAGGAACGUAAAAGGCAAGUUGACGAUUCUUGUGUUCUGGCUGAUGAUUUUGGCAGCGAAAGCGAAAAUAGCGUUUCACUUGAUUGGCUUCCUGAUCCGGAUAAAGUGUAUGGAAAAAGAAAUCAUAAUGGAAAACAAGUAGAUUAUAAACACGCUUCAGGAAGCUAUGAUUUUAAAGAUACAGUCAAAAGAAUACGUGUACUUCAAAAUGCUCAAGCAUUGUCCUUAAAUGAUACAGAACAACUGGCCAUUAAUUUGCUAAAAUAGUAUUUCCGACGAUCGUGUCAAAUCAGAACAUAAUAGUGGUCUCUCCAACAACGAAGUAAAAAAAUACAAGUAUGCAACGGAAUGUUGAUUCAAUGAUCUUUUGUUUUUCUUUUUUGUAAAUGGUGUGUGUCUUACAAAUAUGUUUCAAUAGUAGUGGGUAAUUUAUAGUUGAUAACAUCGUUUCUGAACUAAUAAACAUUUAACAGAUUAUAGCUGAAGUAUUUUAUUUGUAUACGAUACAUUCUACAAAUUCGCUUUCAGAUAUAUUCAGCAUUGAAAUCCUACUCAUGAUUCAGUUAUUUCAAAUAACUAAAGAGAUUUUCUCUAAACCAUUCUUUCGUAAAUUGAAGAUGAUUGCCCUCACACUCGAGAAAUACGAUUUUAUUUUGAUCGUCCAUCUUUUUUAGACCAAGUCGAUCCUGAAAAAAAGUAAGUAGAAUUAAAUUUGUGGCGGGCGAAAAGUAGAUGUUACUUUACCUCGAUAUAGAUAUUGGUUUCCUUGAGGCCCUGUAUUUCUUUAUCCUGUCCAGGUUUGUAAUAACCAAACCAUUGGGUUUGUAAUGGUUGAACAAUGCUAUCAUUAUUAAAUUGAACCAUUACAAAUUUAUUCAAUUUUUGUAAAUUUUUCACAUAGGUUUUGUUGAUGAACUGCUCGUUAUUAAUAUCCGCUAAAAAUGUGCUAGAAGUUCUGUAUUUACUUUCAUUCAGCGGAUCAUGCCAAUACGUGGCUUGAACGAGAAAAUUUUGCAUCAAAUCUGUAUAUGCGGCAUAGUUUAGAAGCAGCCGAAACCGUUCACAUGUUCGACUGCUUAUUGAAGGACAGUUUGGUAAUCCAAAAACCCCCUGAUGUUGACCACCCAAUGUAAUCAAAUUAUGUAUGCGUAGAGUUGAACAUCUUUGCACCAGUGCUCGC